GGCCGUUUGAUUGCACAUGCGCAAUGUAUAUGAAAAAUAUGGCGGAAUCAAAACAAUUUAACUUCUUUUGACAAAAUCUACGUGAUUGUGUCAAUACAUAGAUUAUUAAAUGCGCGCAAAAAUGAAAGAGAUGGUAGGAGGUUGCUGCGUUUGUUCAGAUGAGCGGGGUUGGGCCGAGAAUCCGCUCGUCUAUUGCGAUGGACAUGGGUGCAAUGUUGCCGUCCAUCAAGCCUGUUAUGGAAUCAUUCAGGUACCAACAGGACCUUGGUUUUGUAGAAAGUGUGAAUCACAAGAGAGAGCUGCUCGUGUUAGAUGUGAGCUGUGUCCCUUAAAGGAUGGUGCUUUAAAAAGGACAGAUAGUGGAGGAUGGUGUCAUGUUGUAUGUGCUUUAUUUAUUCCGGAGGCCUGGUUUGCUAAUGUACAGACUAUGGAACCUAUAAUGCUAAAAAAUGUUCCGCCAGACAGAUUUAAUAGGAUGUGUUAUAUAUGUGAAGAGCUAGGGAAAGAAGUUUCAAAGGCCUCUACAGGGGCUUGUAUGCAGUGCAAUAGAAAUGGAUGUAAACUUAAUUUUCAUGUUACAUGUGCCCAAGCAAAUGGGUUUUUGUGUGAAGAGUCUGGUAGUUAUGGUGACAAUGUGAAGUAUUGUGGUUAUUGCAGCCAUCAUUAUAAGAAACUGAAAAAAGAUUCCAACAUAAAGACCAUUCCAGCAUUUAAACCUAUCCCAGCUGAUAAUGCUACCCCAGACUCUACGCCAGAGAAAAUGAAUAGUGACAUAAAGAUCAAUAUAUCAGCAGAACACAAGAACAGGGAAUCAUUGGCUGCUCGACAGUUGUCGGGUUUGUCAGGACCCCCGUUUGAUCCAAAGGGCAGAGACUACAAUAUGUCUAUGAGGUCAUAUCAUCAUAAAGGUCAGCCACCACAAGUACAGACUGUCAACAAAACAAAUACUGAGACAAAAUCAAAAGAUAAAACAAGUGAUAAAUCAUCAACAUCAUCAUCGGCUACAGAGACCCCUACAUCAUCAUCCUCAUCAUUGACACCAGGAACAGUAACUGAGCCUAAACCAGUCACAGAGACUGGCAAGUUAUUCUCUCCCUUACCUGAAGGUCAAGUUACACUUCCAUUACCUGUCACCACUCAUGUAGCAUUCCCAACUUCCCUAGAUGGUAUGAUAUCCAGUAUGGUGAAUAGCACCACCCCAACACCUACCACUGAUACUGAAAGUAUGACUGUAGGUAGACCUAGAAAAUCCAGAGCAGGUUCUCUAGAUAAGGAUAAGAAAUCCCGCCGUGGCAAGGCUAGCUUGUCAGCUCGACAUCGAGCAAUGAAAUCUUCAUUAAGUGAGGAUAAUGAGGAGGUGUCGCCACCUACAAACAAACGUACACGGAAGAAAUCUGAGAGUACUCCUACCAUUUCUGUCUCCACAUCGUCCACAAUUGUCUCUGUUUCAUCUAUACCAUCCACAACAACUGCAACACCUCUCGGACCUCAGAAUCUUAAUGUAUUUGGCGGGGAACCACAUUUCCCGAAUCCUAUUUCCAGAACACCUUUCUCUCACACUGAGACUGGUACAUUGGUUUCUCAUUUACCUAAGAUGGAGACUAGUAUAACUGAGGGAACCAGUCAGGUCUCGCCCCUCCUCCCUACAGGUUUAGUAGGGACAGAGAAGAUAACAAAUGGUCCACUAGUAGGUCCACCUAAACCUUUUACCUCCUCAUCUUUACUUGCUACUGGCUCUAAAUCUAGUGAGACACCAGGUAGUAUGGAGGAGCUUUUAGAACGACAGUGGGAACAGGGCUCCAACUUCCUUAUGGAACAAGGGCAGCAUUUUGACAUUGCAUCAUUACUGAAUUGUCUACAUCAGUUAAAAACUGAGAAUACACGUUUAGAGGAGUAUGUACGGAACCUGAUGUCUCGCCGCGACCACUUGCUAGCAGUAAAUGCUCGGCUGUCUCUACCUUUCAACCAGAAUCCAAACCCUGCAGGAGUCCAGGGUGAUAGCAUGGAUGUUCCUGGGAGAGGGGAGGUUACUCCCAAUCAUUUAGAACCAAAGAUUGAUAAUAUUUCAGAUGACGAGGGAAGCCCGAUAAAUGUCGUGGAUACACCAGGAGACGGUACAUGUAGAAACAGCCCUGUGGUUGGUGUAGGUCAGGGUGGACAUGACGCAGCAUUACGUAAUCAACUCUUCUCAUCACAGACUGGUGUAAUGCCACAGAAUACAAAUGAACAGCUGACAAACUCUACCUCUACUAACGGCUCAUCUGUGAAAGAUCCGACAGCCAAGGAUAAAACUUGAACUCAUCUUGUGCCAUCAUAUGUUCUAUAUAUAAAUAUAUCGAAACUUUUUGUGUGUUCCUACAUGGAAGCAAUAUGGAGUCAACGAUAGGCAAUACUUGUACAACUGAAGACAAGUUAUGUGUCACAUGGUAUCAUUUUGAAUGAUUUACUGUGAAUUCAACUUGCUGAAUUUGUGUAAUUGAUUUACCCUGCUUAUAAUGAGAAACAGUCCAUUUGAAGCUAAAGGGAUUUCAGUAUCAAA